AGCGACGUAGCUCAGCGAUGUAGUUUUGCGUGGUGUGUUUUAGUACCUUGCUCAGUAUGAUUCACAUGGCACGUCCAUGUGCAUUGUUUGUGCACUUGCUGGGAAACUUCUGGUUGGGAGACAGUCUGCGAGAGCAUUCUAGCUUUCGUGCGACCAAUCCUGAAUCCGAGAGUGCGAUCUUGGACGAAGUGACGAACAAUGAUGGCAAACCCAAUCCUCGGAUUUCUUGCAGUGCAGGGAUUGAGCAUGCUCGGCAGCUUCUGGCAGGUAAGAUGAAGGCGAUGGGAUUGAUGGCUUUGGGCCAGGGCAAUGAUUAUCUCUACACAGUUCCAGGGACCAAAGAUGAUGAGUGCCCUGGCGGAAUUACCAAUCUGAUCGCAGGUCUGCCAGGAAGUGACGAACAAUUGAAAGAAGAGUAUAUCCUACUCGGUGCUCAUUUGGAUGGUCCUUACAACCAGGGGCCAUCAGCAAAGGAAGGCAACCUUGAGACAGACAAUUCAUACGACGAUGGUGGUUCAGUGGCAGCUGUACUAUCUCUGGCAAAGUACUUCAAAGACAAUCCAAUCAAACGGAGUUUGCUGCUCAUCCUAUCAGACGGUGAAGAAGGAAUUGGAAAUGUCCAGACCUCUGAGGAGUGGAAAAGGAGGUUCUGCCAGAGUUCAGGUUGGCAAGGACGGAAGGGCAGCUGUCACAACUAUCCCAUCGGCUUCACGGCUUGGGCCAGGAGACCCACGGUGCAGAUUCAGAUGGUGAAAUUGGUGAUGACGAUGGAUCCCUUAGGAGCUCCGGGCAUCAAUGACCAUGACUUCGUGGCGGUCUUGGGCACUGAGAGCACUGAGGGACUCCAGGAGCUGAUGGAGGAAUCCUUCACAGGUGCACCGGUCGAGCCCCUCUUUGUGAACCGCCAAUACGCUGCGACGAGCUACAGCGAUGCUGAUGCCAUCACCAAGGAUUUCAAGCCCUUGUGUGUUGAAUUUCUUCCAGAAUGCUUCAAUGGGGUUCCUGCUGUGUGGCUUGCGCAAACUGCCUUUGGAAAGUAUCAUGGAGGAGUUAACGCCAACUACCUGCUUCCCGCGAUGGAAUAUGGAAUGAUUCCGGGUAUCAAGGUCCCUCGAGAACUGGCAUCCUUUGCCCUGGACAUGCGGAAGAACUUCAACGACCAAGCGCUGUUGAAGGUGACCGAGUCCCUGACAACAGUGCUCAAGAAUCUGGGCAACCAGCCUGAUUUGUCAUACUUAGUCUACAAUCCUCAGGUCCACAAGAAGUUCACGGAGGCCAAUGCCAUGUUCAAGUGUGGUGCACCAGGGAACUGUGGCUUUUCCUUGCAGGAUGCGAUCAACAACAAGAAGGCCUACGACUACUUGGCCAAAGCAUUGCUUAGCGCACCUGACAUUGCUCCAGAGGUUGCAAAAUCGGUGCAGCAGUUUAGCAGCCAGAGUUCCAUGAUGCUUGGGAAGAUCAUCAAUGCGUAUGGAUGUACACAGCCGACGUGCAAACCAUCUGAAGUGUUCCCAAAGGAGUUGGAAGAGACCAAGCCGGGCUUGCUGGCAGUGCUGACCAUGGCCCUGGAUUUCUAUGCCAAAGAGCCCUACAGACAACCCUUCGGAGGGUGAAUCUCGUCGUGUCACCCCUUGGACGCGUACAUCCGAGAAACUUGUGUCACAUUCCACCGUCUUUGCUGUGGAUAGCAAGUGGUUCCGCGCUUUCGCAAUC